AUGGCUCUUUCGCAACAGGUGGAAACGCGCGAUGUUUACGUGGAUGGACAGCCGAAAAUCAAGUCCUUCCCGGAGGAAUUGAAGCAUGUGCUGAUAACAGGAAAAAACGAACUUUCUGGUGGACCGGGAGAAGAAGAUCAGAUGGGUGGCGAAUUGGAAGAAGAGCAAGCGAAGAGCGACAUCGAGGCAGAUUCGCGAAAGUCUUCUCCACAGGUACCCACCAGCAAAACCAAAGCAAAUGCGCGUGCUACUGAGAAGGCAGCAUCUCGGAAGAGGGCAACGAAAAAGACGCCGAGCACG